ACCACAUCUGUGCCGUCCCUUGACCAUGACCAGGGGCAAGCACCGAGAAGGCCAGAGACCAGGCGUAUCCGAGGGCAGAGACGACCUCCAAAGCCUUGAUGUAUGGAGUAGCGAGUCAAUCACUCCAACGCCACCGCAAUGCACCUCGGCCUCGUAUUUAACAGCAACUACGGGAGUCUCAAUACCGGCGGCUACAAACAGCCCUCUCGGCAGGAGAUUCAUGAAGCCUUGGAAACCUCGGAUUCCGGUGGAAAGAAACGGAAGAGAGCAAAGACUGCGACGACACAGAGCAGCGCUCCCAAGAUCGACGUGCCGUCUUCCUCCACCUUUCCGGCUCCUUUAGUGCUACCUGGCGAUGAGCUGGCCGAAGAUCCCGAAUAUCCGCGCCAAAGCGUGCAGGACUGGCUCGACGAUGCUCCGAACAAGGUCACGAAGCAGCGAAGGACGAUUUAUUUGGUCUCACCACCAGGUGCAGUGGAAGAUGCUGCCGUUGUAGCGGAGUGGACCCAGCCUACGCAAAAGGGGAAGAAGUCAAUAGAUGGUGCGCAGCCACCACGAGUUGAAGGCCUUGCGGAGUAUUUGAGAGCAUUCUAUCAUGGGAUGACGGUGAAGUUGCUAGAUUUACCGGGCUUGGAAUUCACUGCCUGGGAGAGCGACGAUGAGCCCGAACCACGAUCGCGCUCUCGCAAAACACAGUCCACUGCGCCCGAGAUCCCACCAUACAUAGGUCUCUCCACAGGCACUGAGCUCGUGCGGAUCCGUUGCCGACAGACAAAGACUUUCCCUGCGCAGCUCAACCUCAACGACCUGCUCGACGUGGCUCUCGAAAUCUUGCCGACAGACGCGUACGCGAUAUGCAUGCUCGUGCACCACGACCUCUACGAAGACGAGCAGGACGACUUCUGUUGCGGAAGAGCCUACGGAGGCAGCCGGGUAGCCGUCGUCUCUUCCGCUCGAUACCGCCCAGAUCUGGACCUCACCAAGAACGUCCACGCGCUCCCUGUAUGCGACGAGCGAGCGAAUGCCUGGCCCGCCUCGCAUUGGAUUCCAUAUUUAACACGAGUCUUGCACGGACCCAAUCACAAAGCCCUCUAUAUCCCUCCUGAUAUGCGUGACUGCGCUGGCUUCCUGGAAUACCACCCGGGCUCGGCGAUCGCAGCGGGAAUCACGGCCUUCCGAGCCCUUCCCCUACCAACAUCGCCCCGACAACUGACCGCCUUGUGGUUUGGCCGAGUGUGCAAGACCGUAUCCCACGAGAUAGGCCACUGCUUCGGCAUGGAUCACUGCGUGUAUUUCGCCUGCAUCAUGCAGGGAACCGCAAGCGUGGCCGAAGAUGUGCGCCAGCCGCCGUACCUGUGCCCAAUCGACCUGUCCAAGGUACUGCGAGCCAUAAGCGCCACGGAUGUGAAUGCACGAUAUGAAGCGCUCUUGGCUUUUUGCGAGAGAUGGAAAGAUGACAGGAUGUUUGCAGCUUUUGCUGCUUGGCUGCGUGUGCGUUUGGAGCAACGGCAUGCCUUGCCAGCGUAGGUGCUCCUGGAGCAGAGUAGAGCAGAGCAUUGCGCUGGCUGGAAAGUAUGUCGACGCAGCGGACUUACCCACGAUCGACCAGCCUUGUCGACAGUGUACUGCAGUGUGGAAACAGAGCGCACAAUAGACCAUCACACGAACAGACAACGCAUCAUGCAGCCGACGAAGGCGUCAGUGACUGCGCCAUUAAGACCGAAAAUAGCAUGCGUCAGGAUCUUCGAGCAUAGCUACAGAGCACCAAUCCAAUCAACUCCUGCAAGGUCCUUGUAA